AUGAACGGUUCGAAGCCCACUGUGGCCGAGUUGGCCAAUAUGACCACGGAAGAGCGAAUGGCAGGCCUCGAGCACUCUGAGGUUAGGUACUUCACGAGUUACGACCAUCAUGGCAUCCACGAGGAGAUGUUGAAAGAUGAGGUGCGGACAAGGUCAUACAGGGACGCCAUCUACCAGAACAAGCACAUUUUCAAGGACAAGAUCGUUCUCGAUGUUGGCUGCGGUACUGGCAUUCUGAGCAUGUUCGCUGCCAAAGCUGGCGCGAAGCACGUCAUUGGUGUCGACAUGUCGAGCAUCAUCAACAAGGCGAAGGAGAUCGUCGAGCGAAACGGUCUGACGAGCAAGAUCACCCUUCUGCAGGGCAAAAUGGAAGAGGUGGAAAUGCCGCAGCACAUUAUGCCAGACGGAAAAGUCGACAUCAUCAUCUCGGAGUGGAUGGGAUACUUCCUGCUGUACGAGUCCAUGCUCGACACCGUCCUGUACGCUCGGGAUCGCUACCUGCGCAAAGAUGGCAAGAUUUUCCCGGAUCGCGCAACCAUCUACAUGGCUGCGAUCGAGGAUGGAGAGUACAAAGACGAUAAGAUCGGCUUCUGGGACAACGUGUACGGCUUCGAUUAUUCCCCGAUGAAGGAAAGUGCGCUCAGCGAGCCUCUCGUCGACACGGUCGAGAUGAAGGCACUUGUCACCGAUCCUUGCCCUGUCUUCGUUAUCGACCUAAAUACCGUCACCACCAAGGAUCUUGCCUUCUCAGAAGGCUUCCAACUGCGUGUUCAGCGCAACGACUUCAUUCAUGCUUUGAUUGCAUGGUUCGAUAUUGACUUCACCGCAUGCCAUAAACCGAUCAGGUUCUCUACCGGCCCGCACACGAAGUAUACUCACUGGAAACAAACAGUCUUCUACCUCCGCGAGGUAUUGACCGUCGAGGAGGGCGAGACCGUGCGCGGAUUCCUUUCCAAUAAGCCCAACGACAAGAACAAGCGUGACUUGGAUAUCAAGAUUGAUUAUGAGCUCGAUACCGAAGACGCCACGAGAUAUGGCGGCGGCUCGUGCGAGUACAAGAUGUAA